UCUCUGCUUGUAGGUAGAAAUGUCGUAAGGUUGGAGAGGCAAACUCUGAGUUUGCGACCUUAGGUCUCACUUUCCGUCCAGUACAGAGGUUCCUGAAGGCUGGUUGGGUUGGUGAGGCCUGAGAAAUAGCUUCUGGGAUUUCUGAGAAGUCCUGCACAAUACAAGAUGGAUCCUGUAGUCUUGAGUUAUAUGGACAGUCUACUGCGACAGUCAGAUGUCUCACUAUUGGACCCUCCAAGCUGGCUCAAUGACCAUAUUAUUGGGUUUGCCUUUGAAUACUUUGCCAAUAGUCAGUUUCAUGAUUGCUCGGACCAUGUCUGCUUCAUCAGCCCCGAAGUCACCCAGUUCAUUAAGUGUACCAGCAGCCCUGCGGAGAUUGCCAUGUUCCUUGAACCCCUGGAUCUUGCCCACAAGAGAGUUGUAUUUUUAGCCAUCAAUGAUAAUUCUAACCAGGCAGCUGGGGGUACCCACUGGAGUUUGUUGGUUUAUCUCCAGGAUGAAAAUAGCUUCUUUCAUUAUGAUUCCCAUAGCAGAAGCAACUCAGUCCAUGCAAAGCAGGUAGCAGAGAAACUGAAGGCUUUCUUAGGGAGCAAAGGAGACAAACUGGUCUUUGUGGAAGAGAAAGCCCCAGCUCAACAAAACAGCUACGACUGUGGGAUGUACGUGAUAUGUAACACUGAGGCCUUGUGUCAGAAUUUCUUUAGACAACAACCAGAAUCCCUUCUGCAGCUACUCACCCCAACAUACAUCACAAAGAAGAGGGGAGAAUGGAAAGAUCUAAUUGCCAGACUUGCUAAAAAAAAGAAGUAGCUACUGCAGAAUGCUUAUGAAAUCUGUAGUCCCCUCUCUGCCCUUCCCUAUGGUGACAGCCUCAGUGCCUAAGGGAAAAGCACUAGUAGAUGAAAGUUUACUAGUCCUACUUCUUUGUUUUCUUGAAAAACAAAUGUCAUCCUCUGCGUUAUCUGAAUUGGACGUUUCACUUUAACCCUGAGGAGAGAACAGUACAUUCUGUGAAAAUGUCUUGAACUUAAGUACCAAAAACUUUGAGAAAGACAAACCUCAUUAUACAGUUUCAAGUAAGGUUCUUUUUUUUUUUCUUGUUGCUAUAAAAAUUAACUUCCUUUUGAUCUCCACUCCCCAUUGACUUAUUCUAAAGGAAAAGCAGUGUUCUAAAGCAAACCUGUGACAUGGAAUGUAAAGACAUGCAUGAAGAAAACAGCAGAACAAAAAUCUUAUUGCACAGCCAUAGUGAGAAAUGUCUGGCUGGGAGUGGUUCAUGACCUAACUCCACUUAGGGCCUCCAUAUUAUAAAAAUAAGGCAUUCUCUGAUGCCAAGACUUUCCUGUCUGCAAUUAUUUAAUAAAGAUGAAUUUAUCCCAUCUU